GUGGAAUCGACGCGCCGUCACCGUCAACAAAAUUGGGAAGAGAAUAUAAAAUUAGGGCAAGAGAGAAAAAAGGUUGAAUCGAAACAGAUCGGAAAAUCGUCGAGAGAGAGAGAGAGAGAGAGAAUGUCGUAUCUUCUUCCACAUCUGCACUCCGGUUGGGCUGUUGAUCAGUCGAUUCUGGCCGAGGAAGAGCGUCUCGUCGUCAUUCGUUUCGGCCAUGACUGGGAUGAGACCUGUAUGCAGUUCAUAGCUCUCGAUUUGGAUCCUUUCGUACUGGAAAAUUGCGAUACUUUGUGGUGAUUGUUUGAAAAUUGUGUUCCUUAGCUCAGAACUGAUGAAAUUAGGGUUUCACUCAAAAAAAUCCUAGUUGUUGGAGUUGGUUACUAUGUAGAAGGUUUUGAAUGUGUCCGUUUUAGUGUCCAUUUCUGUGAUUUAUGCUUCGUUUUGUUCUUGCGAAUUUGGUGAUCUUGGAAUAUUCCGGAUAUGUUGUGUUGAUUGUUUGAAACUUUAGCCAUUCGUGUGAUCUUUAUUAUCUUGGAACUGAUUAAAAUUUUAGGGCUUCACUUACAAUUGAUUCUAGUAUUCAGUUUCUGGUUUCUGUUUUGAUUCGAAGUUUUUGAUUUUUGUAGAUGGAUGAGGUGCUUGCGUCUGUUGCUGAGACGAUUAAGAACUUUGCAGUCAUUUAUCUGGUGGACAUCACUGAGGUUCCAGACUUCAACACCAUGUACGAGCUGUACGAUCCUUCUACGGUCAUGUUCUUCUUCAGGAACAAGCACAUCAUGAUCGAUCUUGGAACUGGUAACAACAACAAGAUCAACUGGGCUCUCAAGGACAAGCAGGAGUUCAUUGAUAUCAUUGAGACUGUCUACCGUGGUGCAAGGAAGGGUCGUGGGUUGGUGAUUGCUCCAAAAGAUUACUCCACCAAAUACCGUUACUAAUCGAGCUUCCCAACACUAUCUAGUUUGUUAAAACCAUUGAGUCUAGUGAUUCUGGUCAGCUGAAAUAUCCCGUGAACUGGUUUCAUUUCAUAUAUGCUUUGAUGAUGAUUGUGAUUCUGGUUUUUGCUUACUGUUUCGGUUGUUCUCCAUUUAUGUAUGUAACUACUUGCUUCGAACAUGAUUCAGUGAAAUGAAAUUUGGAAGCCGUUGGGUUUAUGUAUAUGCAUCUUUGAUCUUCCUGGGUUAUGUAUAUGUGACACCAUUUGUCUACCAAGUACCAACGAUGGAUACGAAAAUGAAACUUUUUACUAUUGAAAGAUUUUAC